GACGCAAAGGGAAAGUGCUGAACGUUCCAUCCCUCUAGAGUGGUGGGCCGCCUGGCCCUGGCAGCAUUUAAGCCCAGCUUCAAGCAGGAGGAGUUUCUCUUUCUCUGUUGCUGGAGCCUUGGUGCAUCGAGGGGUCUGAGUCCUGUCCGUCCCGAUCCACCAUGACCCACCACAACGAUUGCACCCACGGCAGUGGGGACCCCAUCCCAAAAGAGCUGUGGACCUCCCACAACAAGAUGGUGAUGGAGCCGCUUGACACCAAUGACCCCGAGGUCCAUGAUAUUAUCAAGAAGGAAAAGCGCCGGCAGAGGUUGGGCUUGGAGCUGAUCGCUUCGGAGAACUUUGCCAGCCGAGCCGUCUUGGAAGCUUUGGGAUCCUGCCUGAACAACAAAUAUUCGGAGGGAUACCCGGGACAAAGAUACUACGGUGGGACUGAGUUUGUGGACGAACUGGAAAGGCUGUGUCAGAAGCGAGCACUUGAGGCGUAUGGGCUGGACCCACAGAAGUGGGGGGUCAAUGUGCAGCCAUACUCAGGGUCUCCCGCAAACUUUGCCAUCUACACGGGUCUCGUAGAGCCCCACGGAAGGAUUAUGGGUCUGGAUCUUCCCGACGGGGGCCACUUGACCCACGGCUUCAUGACAGACAAGAAGAAAAUCUCGGCUACCUCCAUCUUCUUUGAGUCCAUGCCUUACAAGGUCAACCCUGAGACAGGUUACAUAGACUAUGACCGCUUGGAGGAAAAUGCUCGCUUGUUCCAUCCAAAACUGAUCAUCGCAGGGGUCAGCUGCUACUCGCGCAACCUGGACUAUGCCCGCAUGCGGAAGAUUGCGGAUGAAAACAGCGCCUACCUGAUGGCCGACAUGGCCCACAUCAGUGGCCUGGUGGCCGCCGGCGUGGUGCCUUCUCCCUUCGAACACUGCGACGUGGUCUCCACCACCACCCACAAAACCUUGCGGGGCUGCCGGGCGGGAAUGAUCUUUUACCGGAAAGGUGCCUGCAGCACGGACCCCAAAACGGGAAAAGAAAUCCUGUACAACCUGGAAAGCCUCAUCAACCAAGCAAUUUUUCCUGGCCUCCAGGGCGGCCCCCAUAACCAUGCCAUCGCAGGAAUUGCCGUAGCUCUGAAGCAAGCCAUGACUCCGGAAUUCAAGGCUUAUCAGAGGCAGGUGGUCGCCAACUGCAAAACUCUGGCAAAGACCCUCAUCGGUUUGGGAUACCACAUUGUGACAGGCGGUUCCGACAACCACUUGAUCUUGGUGGACCUGCGAAGCCGAGGGACGGACGGAGGGCGAGCCGAACGGGUCCUUGAGCUCUGCUCCAUCGCGUGCAACAAGAACACCUGCCCAGGGGACAAAAGUGCUUUGCGUCCCAGUGGGUUGCGUUUGGGGACACCAGCCCUUACUUCCAGAGGAUUCAUGGAAGCGGACUUCCAAAAAGUCGCUCACUUCAUUCAUAAAGGUAUAGAACUCACCUUGCAAGUCCAGAGCGACAUGAACCCCAAAGCGACACUGAGGGAGUUUAAAGAGAAGCUGGUCUCCGAUGAGAAAUACCGACCCCAGCUGACGUCUCUCAAGGAAGAGGUGGAAGCCUUUGCCGAAUCCUUCCCGCUCCCUGGCUUGCCCGUUCUGUAAAGGAGCGCCGUCGGAGGGUGAACUCGAACCCAAGCAAAAAUAUCUAGGAAGCAAGACCUAUGCAAAGAUGGUGAGGCUAUCUUCCUGGCAUCCAGACAAAGCUACUCUUGUCCAAAAUGGAUAGAAGGAGGAAUAUAGCCAAGCCAUGCAUAUCCCAUACCUCCUUCUUCCCUUUCCUUUUCCUUCAAAGGAAAGCUGCUUUUACAAUUUGCCCUGUUGCCAAUCUCUUCCCGUUGUCCUCCUCCACUUUUUAAAAGAUGUGCCACAAGGAUUAUGAACCCCCAAAGGAAACCCAAGUUUACCACUCCAUUGGUGGAGUUGUUUGCAGUAUUAAUGGACACCCCCCAAAUAUACUCUCGGCAGGGCUAAGCGGGCCCAAAGAGAGAAGCGUAACAUGCUCCCUUGAGGCCUGAAAGCCCAAGAUGCAAAAGGUUUAGGCUACAAAAUCAACUGCUGCCCAAAGCUAUGCGACAGAAAGUGAGCUAAAAACUGCCCAACUGAGACUUCCAGUUUGCUUGAGAUCUGUGAUGGAAUAAAUAGAAAAUCAGGUCCUGAAAUGUCA